AACAUCAUGAUGUGCCUGCUCUCUCCUUUCAGGUGGAUGGCUCAUACUCUUCGCCAUGAUGCUGCAGGUGGUGGCGGCCUGCCCUGCGUCAUGUGUGGUGUGCGCCAAAGAUGUGACCCUCUGUCACCAGCUCACCUAUAUAGUAGCAGCCCCUGUGACCACGAGGGUUUUAAUCAUCACUGAUGGAUACCUCUCCACUAUAGACAGCACAAACUUGUCUCUCUUGUUUAAUCUUGCCUUGCUCUCCUUGAGCAGAAAUGGCAUCGAGGAUGUUCGGGAAGAUGCCCUGCAUGGUCUCUCAAAGUUGCGGACAUUGUUGCUGGAGCACAACCGCAUAUCCAGCUCUUCGCUUACUGAUCACACCUUCAGCAGGCUUCUCAGUCUGCAGGUUCUGGUGCUUAGCAAUAACGCUCUCCGCACCCUGCAAGGGUCCUGGUUCCGAAACACCAAGGGCCUGACCCGGCUCCAAUUGGAUGGGAAUCAGAUCACUAAUCUGACAGACAGUUCUUUUGGAGGCACAAAGCUCCACAGUCUCAGGCAUCUGGAUUUAUCUAACAAUUUUAUUUCCUACAUUGGGAAAGAUGCCUUCCAGCCCUUGCCUCAACUACAGGAAGUGGACCUUUCUCGAAAUAGGUUGGCCCACAUGCCAGAUGUUUUCACUCCACUGAAGCAGUUGAUCCUUCUGAGUUUAGAUAAGAACCAGUGGAGCUGCUCUUGUGAUCUCUACCCUCUUGCCCGGUUUUUAAGAAACUACGUUAAGUCUUCUGCUCACAUGCUCAGGAAUGCCAAGGACCUAAAUUGUCAGCCGUCUGACACAGCGGUGGCCAUUGCAAAGAGUGUGCUAAAGCUGUCUGAGACCAACUGUGAUUCCAAGGUUUCCAACUUGACUCUGGUUCUAAAGGACAGAAGUUCCCUCCUCCCAGGGCAGGAUGUGGCCCUGCUGACUGUCCUUGGCUUUGCAGGAGCUGUUGGUCUCACUUGCCUAGGUUUAGUUGUAUUUAACUGGAAACUCCAACAAGGCAAAGCAAAUGAACACACAUCAGAAAACCUUUGUUGCAGAACCUUCGAUGAAUCCCUGUGUGCUCAUGAGGCAAGAAAUUACCACACUAAGGGAUACUGUAACUGCCACUUAACUCAGGAAAACGAGAUAAAGGUCAUGUCCAUUGUGGGGUCCAGAAAGGAAAUGCCGCUUUUACAGGAAAACAGCCAUCAAGCAGCACUGGCCUCUGAGUCCACAGCCCUUGACAGAUCAUUUAGAAACCUGAAAGGGAAAGACCAUGGGGCAGACAGCACUUUCUUCUGCUUUGGUGGCAGAUUGCUGCAGUCAGGAUGUUCACAGCCUCCUGGGAAUGUGGCAGCUUUUAAUGAAGCCAGCUUACUUACAAGAUACUGUCCAAAGAGAGUUAAAAAGCUAAGGAAUCAUGAGUUGGGGGAAGUCCAACCUCAAAGUCUGCCACAGCAUGUAACAAGAACAAUAGAUAUCAACAGUGACACAUUUAGUAGAAGAUAUGCAACAUCCGGUUCAGCCUUGGCAAGAGAAAGUCUUGAAAAGCAUUUAACAAAUGAAUCAUGGCAGCCUCCAAUAGAAAAAAAAGACAAUGGCUUACAACCUCACAGGCAGAGACAUUUUAUUACAGGCUCAUCAUCCAAGCCUUGUGAGCCUGAGGAACAUUGUGUACAAAAGGUCUUACAAAAACAUAGAUCAAAAUAUGAUGAUCCUUGUGGACUGUUAAAACAGAGCAGGCCUAGGUAUUUUCAGCCGAAAAAUUCUCUUAUCUGUAAAUAUGUACCCUGUGAUCAAUUUCAAGAUUAUGUGAAAGAAAAGAAGCCAAAUCGUAAAGAACAUUCAAAGGCUAAGAAAGAGCAAUUCCAAAUUAACAGUGCAAUAGAAAAAUUCCUUAUGAGUGAGGACAACAUGGAGUUAUCAAGGUUGUCAACAAAAAUCAAGAAACCAUAUUCCCCAAAGAGGGUUAGCUUCUGUAAUCCUGAUUUAGUAUCCAAAACAUCAACCCAUUGGAAACAGCAGAAAAGUCAAAGUAGCCACCUGACCAACUUGGAUCUUAAAAAAUGUGUCAAUCUUCAGGAGGGAAACAAGGGAGGAAAAUGGCUUACUGAUCCACAGAUUCUGAAAAAGAAGAGAACCAAUCAAACUGACCUCAAAGGGAAAAUUAAAAAACAAACUUCAAGGAUAAAAUUAAAUUUACACCCUUUUAGAAAAGUCAAAGUCCAUCCAGAAAAAUCCUUGCCAGAACUCCCAAGGAAACGGAAACACAUAUUGUUACCACUGAAUAAAUUAUCUAAAGCUUCUCAGAAAGAAGCCAGUAUAAACCUUGUGUCCUCUGCAGAAUUUUCCCAACAGCCAGAGAGUAACUACUAUGUUAGACUCAUUUCAAAGAGUGUGCCUCUCAAACAUGCUCCAAAGCAGACCCCACAUUACAAAAAAAACACUAAAAAGACUCCUCUGCUCAGUGCUAAUGACUUACCUCUAGUCAACCAGAGCUCUACAGAAGUCAACUGUCACCCUACUGGCCUCAUUCUUGCUAGCAGCCUGUCAACAUUGCCUCAGCCCACAUCCAUCAAAGCUGAACACAGGCAUUCAAGCUCUCAGUUCUCAACUGAGCAAAUGGAAGGUGCAACUCCCCUUGCAUUGGAUGUUCCUGGGUACUUACCAGCUACCUGGGAAAGUACAGGAAAUGAGGUUUUACCACCCAGCAGUACCAGGGAGACAACUGACCAAGAGGCAACAGAGCCCACGCAGCACAUGGAGCAGGACAAACCAAAGACCACUGAGCCAAAUCAGCUUUCUUUGUCUCUGGGGAAUCAAACACAACUUGUAGGUUUCCACAAGACUGACACCUAUAAGGAACAUACUUUAGAUCAAAAUCAAACUUUAAAACAUGUAGAGCAACACUCAAGUCAUAAACAACUUAGAAAUGAAGAAAAAACAUUAAUGACAAAACCAAAACUAUCACAUCAAAUUGUGGAAAGUUGUAUUACGGAUGAGGGAAAUGAUGUAGGAAAAAAACUUUUUCAAACAGAAACUUAUGAUUCCUCUCUCAUUCCCUCUGAGACACAAGCCAAGGGUGACCUAACAAUGAUGAAGACAAAUUCUAUUCCCUACCAAAAUAGAACAGAGACUCCCAAAGAUAUCAGUACUUCUCUCAGUACUCAAGCCAUUUGGAAUCUAACCAAUAGUGGCAAAAAAGAAAUUGACAGCACAAAUGCAUUACCUAGAGAUGAUGGCACUGAAGCACUACAGAUAAAAAUAUUAGAAAAAGAAGAGAAUAAAAUGCUCGAUGAAAGUGAGGCAAAUUCUAGUACAUUAGUUAGGACUUCACAGAUGACCUUAAAAGGCAGCAGAAAGGAAAUGCAGCAAACUUGGGGAAAUGGAAAAAGUGAAAAAAACAUGUUGUAUGAUUCGAGUUCUGUUGAGGCUACUAUUACAGCUAAGGAUUUGAGUAUCACAUGUUCCCCUGAAACUGAAAAUAGACCUUCUUGUAGUGAAAUUAACACUAAUAUGCAAGAUUUGGGAGCCAUUCAAACUAUUCAACCAGAUAAAGAUAACAACACACAUGAAGAAGGGACAGUAAGAGUGGAGAUACAUGAGGUGCUUUCCUCCUUAUCAGAGUUAAAAGACGCUAGUUUUGAGACAAAAACUAAGGUGCCUCUAAUUCCUAGAAGAAUAACUUAAGCUGAAAACUCUGCUUCAAAACCUACACUGUAUCCACCUUCUGCUGAUUAUGUUAAUACAUCACCUUUAGAGGCAGAACUCAACUAAUAAUCAUUUUCUACGUUAGCUUUCUUCAAAAGGACACACAAACACCCCCUAGCCUUUGCAUACAUUUCCAAUGUAUUAUUUUGGAGGAAAAAAUCCUCAGUACCUCAUUGUUAUCAAUGAAAUAAAAGUACUACUGAAUAUAAUGCAAAAAUCAAAGAUGGAGCCACAAGAUAUGUUUGACACAAUUAAUUGAGUUUGCUUCUCUAAGGAACAGAAAAAUGGGAAAGAAAAGUUUUGUCUAGUCCUGGAAAAGAAAACAAACAUAAAAAAAAAAGCCUUAAGCAAAUGAAAGAUUAAAUAAGAAAAAAGUACUUGAACAGUUUACACUUGAUGUUUAUUUUAUGGAAAUUACUGUACACAUCUCAAUUAGUGGUAUUACAAUAUUGCUUUCUACACAGAUGAUUAUAUAUUCAUAUUUGUGCCUGAUCUGUUUUCCUAAUUAUGGUAUGAAAAUAAAAAUUGAGCUUUGUUUGUUAACUGUAGUCUAGCUGAUAUGCAUAUUGGUAUAUUUCAACCAUUUGCAACUGUUCUGUUGACAAUUAUCCUAGAUCUUAAGUAGAGUUUUUAAAACCUGUUAUUUCAAUAAGAGAAAAAAAUUAAGGAUUUCCAGGGGUAG